AUGGGCGAAGUUUAUUGGAACAUUUCCUCCUCUAAUUUGACGCAGAUUUAUGGCUCAUUGACGUUACCCGCACAAUUAACGGGAAUUGUGGGCACCGCCUCUCUUCUGUUAAACGCAGCGCUGCUGUCCUUGUUCCUGUUAAAGAGAAAUCUCUGGACCCCGUUCGAUCUCUACUUCCUCGCUUUGGUGUCAAAUAAUGUCCUUCUUCAUGGAAUCGCUACUCCACUCACGGUGAUGCUGGAGCUAGAUGAUGGGUGGCCCGUUAAUAUUGCUGGUUGUCUGGUUUACGCGUACGCCGUCUUCAUCCUUCUCCUAAACCAACUAGCCAUUCAUUCCUGCAUCGCCAUCAACCGUAUUUGGGCCAUGGUAGCACCUGUAUCGUUCCGUAACUUCCACACAUUUCGCUCCGCCGGUUGCUUAGCGGUGGCCAUUGUCGUCGUAUCGCACGUUGUCGGACUUCCGCUGAUUUUGGUGGACAUCCUACAGCGCCAACCAGUUCAACUUGGACACUGCUUUUUCGGUGACCCCAACUAUUCGUUGGUCGAACAGGUUUCUACCAUGAUCAACCGCAUUCUUUUGUUCGCUUGUUUUAUGAUUAUGGUAAUUUCCAUGCCGGUUAUUGUUUGGAAACGCUGGCAGAGGCUGCGGCUGAAACAUCAGAUUGUCCUCCGCCCAAAUGCCAAAAAAAGAUUUGUUCCUAAUGCCGACAUUACCCGCGCUCGAGAAGGCCAAAGUGCGAUUUUGAUAAUCGCCUUCGGAGCGAGCAUUGUCGUCUGCUGGGGUCCGUAUGUCACAUAUUACGUAGUGGCCAGCGGAUAUGAUCUUCAGAUAGUGCAGUAUCUUGUUGUUCUUUUCAACUGCCAAUCCGUAGCUGAUCCCAUUAUCCUGGUGUGUGCCUUGCCGGUGUGGAGAAAUGCACUGCAUGAAGCUGUCUGUCGGUACAAUCGCGCAAAGAAGUAA